GCAGGAGGCUGUCGGGAACAGGUUCUGGACAUCACCAAUCGCGUCUCUUAGGCAACAGGCAACUACAGCAUUAGAAGGAAAGUGCAGAAGACUCGAGCCAGACUGGCAGCAACCUUCCCAGCAUAUGCGUGCAGACUCUGAACCAGCCAAUCCUUCCCUACGAAGAGUUCAUCAUUCCAAUGUGGAAAAGACGACCAGAUGACAAUGAGGAGGACAACUAUCGUCCCCCUUGUUCGAAGAGGACUAAGAAGGACCAGGCCUUACAGGACCCUCGUGCUGUAGAGUCGACAAGCAGUGAUAAUGAAAGGAACCAAAGCAGCAUCAAUAACCCCAAUCGUGAGAGAGUGCCAGAGAACAGCUUAAACCAGAGCACUGCUGAACUAGACUCCAAUAUCCCUGGGUUCUCCCAAGAGGAGGACUAUGAAGUGUGCCAAGACCAAGAUCCUUACUCCCACAUUAACAACAUCUUGAAGGAGGCUCAUUUCUACAGCCUCCAGCAGAGAGGAUACUCUCCGACAUGAUGGCCUAGGCAUCCUCCUUGCUUGUUUAUAAAAAUCAUGCAAAGCAGUCUUGGCUUUUGUCUAUAUUUUCAGUAAGAGGUCAAUCAAUGGGUGUUGUAUUCUUUUGCUGUUUUGCUCCACCAUUACAAUUUCAAAGGAUCAUUCAUGACAAUAUGGUAUGUUUUCUGUCACGUCUGAUGUCCUAUUCAUGUUAAAAUAGCAGCAUGAGGACUUCUCCUGAGACUGAAUGGAUUACAUGUCCAAUUCAGGUUUGAUGCUAAGUUGCUCAUUUAGGGUGUUCAUGUUAAAUGUUGUUUAAAAUGUGAUUUCCUUAUUUUGAAAAGUUAAGUGGCCUGGAAAAGUUUGUGUGUUUUUUUCUUGAAAUGUAAAAGAACAAACAAUGGAGAAGCCAAUACCAAACCAGUAAUGAGCAUUGUGGAAGAGGGGAAAUGUGGGUGGCUUGCUCUCAUUCUGAUAUGAAUAUGGGCUGAUCCUUGGAAGGGAAAUGUCUACAGAAGUCCUUUUCUACCUAUACUCAUGCAAACGUCAGCCCACGUAGGUUGUGAACUUGAAGCCUGUGUCUAGCAGCUACAUUCUUUGUAUUCCAAGGGAGAAGCCUUCUUCCUUUAAGGCUCCCGUGUGUGCUCUUCAGACUUGUGUCGAGCACUUAUAAUUCAGUCAGAGAAGUGCACAGCAAUGCUGUAGCUUAAGCACAAAAUUUGGAUAUUUACUGCUUCUGUGUUGUCUCUUACAGCUCUUUCUAUUAUGUCUAAUGUUGAUAAAAUUUAAGCCAUUGCAAAUGA